UUACCAGCUCUAGUUGGGUUGGGCGCCGCCACGGUGGACAACCCGGCUGCUGCGUUUAGGGAGUUUGGGAACGCCAGCUCCAGACGGUGAGGAGUUCAGAACUGUCCUUGGUUUAAAGUUAAGAGCAGAAUAACUCUUAAAAAAAAAGGUCGGGAAAUGAACGGACAGUCCUCACCUGUCUUCGAAGAGAAGAAGCCUCCCCUAUCCGUGGUUGGGAGCUCCAUCUCGGCCACCAAGGAUUCACCCACUCUGCCGGAGUCUUCAUCCACAGACAUGGGCUUCUACAGCGGCCAGAGUGCGCUCCACGGCCCGCAGGAUUUCUACCAGGCGCAGCAGCCGUACUCAGCUCAGCACAUGAACCCGUACGCGUACCACCAUUACAACCUGAACGGGAUGGCGCCAGGGGGUGCGUACGCUGUUGGCAAGACAGAAUACCCAUACUCUCAUGCAGCGUACAGAGAGCACGCUGCCUACAGCAGAGAGGUGCAGUCAACGAUGCUGGCCGAAGUGAAGGAGGAACCACUUGUGGAGGUUCGGAUGGUCAACGGGAAGCCCAAAAAGGUGCGGAAGCCGCGGACCAUCUAUUCCAGCUACCAGCUGGCCGUCCUGCAGAGGAGAUUCCAGUCUGCGCAGUACCUGGCGCUGCCCGAGCGUGCUGAGCUGGCCGCCCAACUGGGACUCACACAGACACAGGUCAAAAUUUGGUUCCAAAACCGUCGCUCCAAGUUCAAGAAGCUCUACAAGAAUGGAGAGUUUCCACUCGGAGAUAUUCCUCUCGAUCACAGCCCUGACGCUAGCGACUCCAUGGCCUGCAACUCUCCUCCGUCCCCAGCUGUGUGGGAGAACAACAGCAACAGCAACAGUAACAACAACAACAGCAGUAACAGCAACAACACAAACAGCAGCAACAAUAAUGCAGCGAUAGACCCUACCAGCAGGGGGCAGGGUCACUAUCAACCUCCUGUCGACUCCUCGCCCGCCUGCAUGGGAGAUUACACACAUCAGAACUGGUACCAGCAGCAAGGGGAAAAUUUAGGUCUGCAACAGUCGGGCCAGGCGCACCACGCGUCAUCAGGUGCAUCGACAGCUGCACAGAGUCUGGGAGCCGUCUACUGAAACAUGGAGUCUGCACAAGAGGUUGAAAGAGGGAGGAUUUUUUGGGGGGACGAUUUAUAGCUCUAUUGUGACCAGAAACACAUGACAGAGACACAAGUCAUUACUGUAAACCCCAAAUACACACGUCGUAAAACAUGCUUCUCCACAAAAUGUGGAUUGAAAACGAGUACCGGCCGCAGCUACCAUGUUGCAUGAACUCAUUCUACAGAGGUCAUAAUGAAAAUAGUGGUGACUGAUGUGGCUUUUGCAGAGCUGAGAUUGACAAAUUUAAUUCAAAAAAUCACAGAUAGCCACUAAUAUUUACUUUAUUUAAUAUGUUUUUUUAUAUUGCCAUUUUUUAAUUUAAGAAAAAAAAACACAACAUUUUUAAUCAACAACUGAAGACUACUGAAAUUCUUCCUGGCUUUGCAGCGCUUCAAGUCCACCUAAGCAGCACAGGACACUUAUGGUUGACUUUAAAUGAGCAGAAAAAUGGGUGGUUUGAUUUGAGGUAAGGUCCGAACAGUGAACAGAACUGAAACAAUGCUAACCUUUAAAAUAAAAGAUCAGUAUCACCCAACCAAAGGAGACAAACCAUGGCGAGACACUGAAUGACCUAAUAGCAAAACACAUGUCCUGUGGCCCUAGCUCUUUUUGCACGCAUUUUUAAUUUGAGUUUUAUUUUUCCUGGAGCAGAUUAAAGUAAAGCGCUGUGUAAAUUGUGACUGUUUUGCAAUCAAAAAGUGCAAGUUUGUGCUCUCCGCGUGGAGGAGAGUUUUGAAAUGUAAACAUUUUGGACUGUUCGAGAUAUAAGAACUCUUCAUAUAGCUUCUGAUCUGUGUAGCGGCUUGUGUAGGCUACAUGAGCUGCCACCAGCAAAAUAUAUCAAGAUCUCAAACUUAGCUAUUUGCAUUCCCGUUGGAUUGUGGGUAAUGUAGGUGUCAGGUGUAGAGCAGAAAUAAUGAUGGAGUAAAAAAAUAUAUUUAUAAUGAAUUUUAUAAGACCCUCCCUGCCUAAAAAUACCCACAACUCAUUAUUUAAAAAAUAAAAUAAACAGACCUCAACCAAUAGAAGUCUGAAACACAUCACUGUGCCAUAGUCAGUGCCUUUUUCUGAAGGUAUAUUCAGAAGUAAAGUGAGAUUCACACAAUACAUAAUCAUAUAACAUUAAUGCCUGUCACUUUUAUAUGCAGAACGACCGAAGGGAAUCAAUGAUCGCAAAAUCAUCGCAAAAAAUAAUCUGCGUCUUCAUGAAGAAAUGUAAAUUGUUUAGACCUCCAUUUAAAAAAAAAUCACAGCAAAAUAUGUUUAUUUUGGUUUUAUAGCACUGUCGUUGAGCCAGUUUGGUGCCGACAUGUAACUUGUGAAACUUGCCGAAACAGAACACAAGUAAUUGGUUUGUUCGAGAAAUCCUGGUAUUGAGCCUGGCCUGGCCUACACAACAGGUCAUUAAACCGGGCACGAGUUAGCCUUAAGUAGCGGGAGCUGCACAAAAAAGUUAUUCCAGACGCAGUCCCUUGAAAAUGCAGUGAAAUUAACCAAGCUGUGUGUGCCUCCAAGUGAUGUUAAGAACCAAGACAAGAUGUUUGGUUUACAGAAAUAUGUUGACAGGUUGUGUUUGACCAAUGCAGAGAAACACAAGGAAUCCCAACUUGCUCUCAUUGGAGAACUUUUUUGAAGGGGCCCUUUAACUCCUGCUUCCAAAUAUUACAAGGAUCUCACAUCUUAAAAUACUGAUCAAGAGUCAAAGUGGCCUUUGCUAAGGCAAAGUAUAUAUUCUUUUAAAACAUGCUGUACACAGAUGAAUAAUUUAUAUUGUCAACCGUAGAUCAAAUGUAGCACAACAGUUUGUGCCUUAGGAGCCUUUUUAAGUCAGAAAAUAUGCAAAAAAUAAAUGUCUUUAUUUGAA